AUGGUCGAAGACAAGCAACCCCCCCACCAGAAAAUCUGGGUUGACGGGUGCUUUGACUUUACACACCACGGCCAUACGGGAGCGCUAAUGCAAGCACGCCAAUUCGGAAACGAGCUGUAUGUGGGCGUGCACAGCGAUGAGGACAUCUUCGCAAACAAGGGUCCGGUAGUGAUGAGCCUGGACGAGCGGAUCAAGUCGGUGGACGCCUGCAAGUGGGUGACGAGGUCUGUUCCGGGCGCACCGUACGUCACAGAUCCCAAGGUGAUGGACGACUGGGGGUGCGAGUACGUUGUUCACGGCGACGACAUCACCACCGACGCGGACGGGAAUGAUUGCUAUCAAAUAGUCAAGGACCUUGGACGAUUCCUAGUGGUCAAACGUACACCCAAUAUUUCAACCACCGACCUAAUUCAGCGGAUGCUGAGCACGUCGACGGCCCACCACUAUGCUAGCCUUUCUGCGGCCGACAGCUCUCACCCAUUGCUGCAGAAUGCUGCAGUCGAGCGCAUGGCCAGCUAUGCAACCGACGAAACGGCCCUGAACCCUCAUUCGGGAGUGUAUGCUAUGAUUGACGGCGUGGCAUUGGAAUGCCUGGUCCCGCCAUCCCAGGUUGUCGAAGAGAGCCUGGCCAAGUCCGCUUAUUACAUCGACGGCUCGUUUGAUCUGUUCCACGUCGGCCAUAUCGAGUGUCUUGCUGCAGUGCACAAGCGUGCCCAAGAGGACGGCGCGGUUGUGGUUGUGGGCAUCCACGACGACGAGACCGUCAACCAGGGCCGCGGCGAAAACCACCCGAUAAUGAACAUUUUUGAGCGCACGCUGUGCGUCCUGCAGUGCCGCUACGUCGACACCGUGGUCGUGGGUGCGCCCUUCCUGCCCACUCCGUUGUUUAUCGAGCUUCUGGACCAAAAGGGCAUCCACAUCACCCGGGUCUUCCACGGCCACACCGACGUUAUCACCAACCACAGUGCCUUAUACAACGCCGUCGACCCCUACCUGUGGGCAAAAGAGCAAAGCAUGUACGAGCAACUUCCUGCUAGCAACACUAGCAGUCUUACCACCAAGAAUAUCGUUGAUCGGGUCCUCGAUCACCGCCGAAUGUACGAAGAGCGGCAACGCAACAAGGGCGUCAAAGCCGUUAAUGAGCGCCGAAUGGCUGGCAAGUAG